AUGCAUAUCAAGUCAAUUCCUAUGAGAUGGGGCACCGGUGAUAACUACAGCUAUUUGCUCACCGAUGAACCCACGGGACAUUCUUGGAUAAUUGAUCCUGCCGAACCUAAUGAAGUUCUUCCUGAAUUGGAGCCUUUGGCUCACAUUGAGCUCAAGGCAAUUGUCAAUACUCAUCACCAUUAUGAUCACUCUGGAGGAAACUCGACUUUUCACAAAAAAUACCCCUCCCUUCCUGUGAUUGCUGGCAAAGACUCUCCUCUCGUAACUAAGACGCCGAAGAGCAAUGAAACUCUGAAAUUAGGCAAGAACCUUAAAAUAACAGCUCUACAUACGCCAUGUCAUACUCAAGAUUCCAUAUGCUGGUAUGUUGAGGACUCAGAGUCUGGAAAGAAGGCAGUUUUCACUGGCGACACCCUAUUCACUUCUGGCUGCGGGAGAUUCUUUGAAGGAACAGGUGAAGAAAUGGACAUUGCCUUGAAUAAGGUUCUUGCUAGCCUGCCAGAUGAUACCGUUGUUUAUCCAGGUCACGAGUAUACUGCCAGCAAUGUCAAGUUCUCUAAAUCAGUGAUGCCCAACAACAAUGCUUUGGCCAAAUUGGAUCAAUUUACUUCUCAGAAUGAGUUCACCACAGGCAGAUUCACUAUUGGCGAUGAAAAGUUGUUCAACCCAUUUAUGAAACUUAGUGAUGAAGCUGUAGUGAAAGCUACUGGUGUAACAUCGGGCAUUGACAGUGAUGUCAUGGAUGUCUUAAGAAAAAUGAAGAACAACUUCUAA